ACUCCAGCUCCGAACCACCAUAUCCCACUAGAACAAGACCUGUUCCUCUUCCUCUUUCUCAUCCACCACCACGGUAUCGCCGGGCCACCGGAACUGACAGAACCAUGCCACCUCACGAGCCCGAACGCGGCGGAGGCGAUCCAAAUGAGCCUGCAGUCAACACGACCGUCGUCGCAUGUCCAACCCCUCAUUCAAAUCCUCGUCAUCUCCCGCAUGCCGGCGUGGUGUUCCCCGUCAUCCUUAAGUUUGAGGAGGUGGUGUACAAGGUCAAGGUGGGUCGCCACAGCAGCAAAGGUCCAGGGCUGUGCUGUUGCUGCGGCAGAGGCGGCGGCGGCGGCGGAGGUGGCCCGGCGGAGAAGAUGAUAUUGAACGGCAUCACGGGGGUGGUGUGCCCGGGGGAGAUCCUCGCCAUGCUGGGACCCUCUGGCAGCGGCAAGACCACGCUGCUCACCGCCUUCGGGGGCCGCCGCCUCUCCGGCAAGCUCUCCGGCAAGAUCACCUACAACGGUCUCCCCUUCUCCGGCCCCAUGAAGCGCCGCACCGGCUUCGUGGCUCAGGACGACGUGCUGUACCCGCACCUCACCGUGGCCGAGACGCUGGCCUUCACGGCUCUGCUCCGCCUCCCCCGCUCGCUGGACCGGGCGGAGAAAGUCCGCCAGGCCCACCAGGUCAUGUCCGAGCUGGGCCUGGCCCGGGUGGCCCACACCAUGAUCGGCGGGCCCCUCGUCCGGGGCGUCUCCGGCGGCGAGCGCCGGCGGGUCAGCAUCGGCCAGGAGAUGCUCAUCAACCCGAGCCUGUUGCUUCUCGACGAGCCGACAUCAGGGCUCGACUCGACGACGGCGGCGAGGAUCGUGACGACGCUGAAGCGGCUAGCGACGGAGGGCGGGAGGACGGUGGUGACGACGAUCCAUCAGCCAUCAAGCCGGCUGUACCACAUGUUCGACAAGGUGGUGGUGCUGUCGGCGGAGGGAAGCCCAAUUUACUACGGCCGCGCCGCGGCGGCGCUGGAGUACUUCGUCUCCAUCGGCUUCUCGUCGCCGCUCACCCUCAACCCCGCCGACCUCCUCCUCGACCUCGCCAACGGGAUUGCACCACCUGAUUCCCAGCAAGCGAUUGAGGGUGGAGAAGCUCUUGGUAGCAUGGAACGGGAGCCGAAGGCCGUGAGGGAGGAGCUCAUCUCCGCCUACGACCGCAACAUCGCCACCCGAUUGAAAGCUGAGCUCUAUAGUGUGGAUCCAACCAACUACGGCUACACCAGAGAUGCAGCCACUGCUGCCAAGAGGGAGCAAUGGUGCACAAGUUGGUGCGAGCAGUUCAGGGUGCUGCUGAGGAGGGGGCUCAGGGAGAGAAGGUUCGAGGCCUUCAACAAGCUAAGGAUCUUCCAGGUCCUGAGUGUGGCCACCCUCGGAGGGCUCCUUUGGUGGCACACCCCACCAUCACAUAUCCAGGAUAAGACGGCACUGCUCUUCUUCUUCUCGGUGUUUUGGGGCUUCUUCCCCCUCUACAAUGCUGUGUUCACCUUUCCCCAAGAGCGGCCCAUACUGAUCAAGGAGCGGUCCUCCGGCAUGUACCACCUCUCCUCCUACUUUUUGGCUCGAACUGCCGGCGACCUUCCCAUGGAGCUCGCCCUCCCCAUCGCCUUCGUUCUCAUAAUUUACUGGAUGGGUGGCCUCAAGCCACAUCCCGCAUCCUUCAUCCUCUCCCUCCUGAUCGUCCUCUUCAGCGUCCUCGUCUCCCAGAGCCUCGGCCUGGCCAUGGGUGCGCUCCUCAUGAAUGUUAAGCAGGCCACCACCCUUGCCUCCGUCACCACCUUGGUCUUCCUCAUCGCCGGCGGUUACUACGUCCAACAGAUACCCCCCUUCAUCGUCUGGCUCAAGUACUUGAGUUACAGCUUCUACUGCUACAAGCUCCUCAUCGGUGUGCAGUUCAGCGAGGAGGACUACUACGAGUGCUCGCCGGGAGUCCUGUGCCCGGUGGUGGAGUUCCCUGCAAUCAAGUCAGUGGGACUCAACCACAUGUGGGUGGACGUGUGCAUCAUGGCGCUCAUGCUCCUGGGCUACCGGCUGGUCGCUUACCUGGCUUUGCACCGCCUGCAGCACGGGUGAGGAAGAGGAAGUCGCCAUGGCCAACUCGCAUGCUCUCCACAUUGCCCUUUCAGCUACCAGACUCGAGAAAGAGAUACACCACAAGAUGAGCCAAUGAGCAAAGGUUCGUUUUCUUUUUUCCAACUGAUGAAUAACACUGAGCCAGAGGCCCUCAGUGAUGACGAAUAAAUCAAAUGUUUUGAGCUUC